ACGGUUAAUAAAAGAUAACGCUUGUACCGAAGACAAGUCAGUAGUCACCCCGACCGCUUCUCGACCGCCGAUCGAGUUUGUUCGAUUGAGUUCGUCGGUCCUAAAAGCGUUCGAACCAAAGAUAAAUGCGACACAAAGUCAACUCCUUUACAUCUUUCAUCUUUUCCGUUUGAUCUUCCUAACAUCCGCUUCGACGAAUAUCAAGAUUAGAUUGUGCGAUACCACAAGUUUGGAUCAUAUUGGAAGAGAACGCCAUGAUCCAAUUCACUACUGGAACAAACUUCGACGAGCGUCAUUGACUCAUCGAGUUUACGCUUUCUGAGAGUGGCUUUAAAAAAGUUGGUUUGUAAACUGAUCCGAGGGAAUACAACGAGUACGAGAGAAGAUAUGCCAUCAUUUCUUCCUAGAUAAAGGAUGUCACGACGACGGCGACGAGGACGAGGGCGUCGAUGAUGAAAACUAGUCUUGAUAAACAGGAGGCGAAUUAAAUGAAAAAUCGAUUCCAUAGCCCGAGAAAUGAAUAUCGCGACGUUCGUGCCUAAAUGUUUAGGAUCACCGGCAAUUUCUUCAAGUUGAUUUCAAGUCGUGCGUCUCCUAGAAGGGAAAAUAUUCACUUAUAGUAAUUUCGAUGGGACGAACGAUGCGUAAUGACGAGCGGCGGUGGCGGCGACGACGGCGUGACUACUAAAUUCAAUUCGGAUUGGGUAAGAAUGGUUGAGCUGCAUGCGGCAGCUGGUGCCAGGAUGACUGAGAGUUUAGACAGAGCCAGAUCGUCAAAUCGUCUACACUAUGCCAUCUUGACGAUCCUGGACACGAUAUUCUCCGCGCUCGUAGCUGCGCCGGCGGUAGUCGGUUAUUGGCGCGGCACUUGGGAGCUCAGCGAUUUCUACGUCUAUCCGGACGAGCCGGUGUUGAGCAGUUUCGCGUCGAUCACGAUCGGUUUCACCGGCCUCUUUGCCUUUAGCGUGUUACAGCACGGUCUGGAUGACGUUCUGCAUCCGGAUAAGCAUCGGCUGUCCUAUUAUCUCGGCUCGCGAUUUUACACCGGCGUUUUCGGCUUCUGCUGCGUAAACGCCUGGCGUGGUGCCUGGAAGGCCUUGGACAUCUAUACAGAGCUGACGCCUGGCACCGUCUCCGCUACGACCAUCGUUAGUCUUCUCGCGCUUGGUAUUAUGCGCGCUGUCCGCAACGUAUCCGCGCCACCCUUCUCCCUCGUUCUCGACUCGUGUCCGGGUUACUUUCAAGUGCAGACUAUGUUUCGCGUUAACAAUACGAGGGACUGGUCGCUGUACUUACUGGAUUGCGCCUUCAGUGUCGGUGUCGUGGGCACGUUGGUUGUCUUCGUUUGGAGAGGAGUUUGGAUCUUGUUCGACAUAUACCUGUUUCCAGAAAAUGCCGAGUAUUCUGCCAUUGGUUCACUGGCUAUCGGGUAUUUUAUAGUGGCCGUGACGUUUUGUCUACAACCGUUGAUGCGAUAUAUCUGCGCGCGUCUUCAGGGUCUUAUUCGCUUGAUGGUUGCGGAUGCCUUUUUGUUUUUGAGUUUUUUGGGGACCGUGAACGUCUGGCGCGGUAUAUGGAACGCGCUCGAUCUGUGGCUGCUGCCGGACAAUCUGGAAUUGUCUUGCUGGAUCACUCACGUUGGCUGUUUUGUUUUUCUGGUCCUUCUUAAUUGUAGCAAUACCAUUCUAGUUCGUGGCGUUUAUAUUGAUGCCGAAGAAGAGAAAGGACAGUGUGUCGUGUUUCCAUGUCACUACCUUCGAUUAUUCUUUAAGAUCGAACGCGAAAAGAAGCAAGCACGACGGCAGAAACUGUUGGUAGCCUCCCAAGAUUUCAUCGGUCAUACCGAUGUAAAUGAGAAGGAUGGUGAAAAUGGGACCCUUUUACCAAAUAAUACCACGACAGUGUCGAUUAUAUCUGCGAAUGUGGAUUCUCUUGCAUAGAUACGAUACGAGAAAUCAAUUUUGAUUUAUAUAAAUGCGAAUAUCCAUGUGAGAAAGAAAGAGAAAUAAGUCAAUAUGUCGGAUGAAAAAAUCAUGCGCGAUCGAGAAAUCUUUUUCGACAAGACGAAUUUUUCGAGAUCGAACGAUUCUUGGCCAAUCUGUAAGUUUACGAUCUCUUCUGGAACGUGCCUGGUAAUAGCAAUCGAAACUGAAAUCGGGAUUUAUGAGACUAUGACGAGCGCCACUCGAUCGCGCUAUUUUAUGGUAAGUCUCGUAUCGCGCUCUUGAAUUUCUUUAUUAAACGUUUCAGUAUUAAAAAUCAAUAUGUUUUAUUACAAAAUAGAUAUAUCGUUAGAUUUCUGUAGAGGCUUUUGUUUUUCACGCUAGGAAAAAUCAAGGUUCGCGUAAUUCGAGUGGCGCAGUCGAUAGCGAAAGAUGAAGGAUUUAAAGAUUAAAUCCAGUCUUUGCGUUUAGGGGAAGGAGAAAUUGAAUAGCGCAUACUUAAUAUAUGGAAAAUCAAGGUGCUACUUUGCGCGAUUAGCACGUCGAUUAUCGAUUUAAGAAUAGUUAUAAAACAUACAUUUCCGAUAACACAGAGCGAUAACACAUAGAGCAAAGAGAAAAAUACGGUUGGGGAAGAUGUAUGGCUGUGAAUGAACGUAUCAAGUGAAUGAUAUGUUUGCGACAAGAUUGUGUACGUGAUCACAAAUAAAACAUUAUUGCGAACUUUGCAAUGCAAAACAGUAAUAUACGAUACAUAAGUAAUUGACAUUUAUGAGCUAUUGAGGUAAUGAAAGUUAAGAAUUUGUAGAAAUUAAUGCUGCCGUUGAGUGUUUUAUCCAUAAAAUUUAUUUGUAUAGUUGAUUCUAUCCAGUCUAACGCGCGUAUACUGUACAUAUACACGAGAGUGUGUACGUAUGUAUGCAUAUAUGUACAUAUCUAUAUCUCUAUAGAAAAUAGAGAGAAAAUGACGGGGUGGAGGAGGAAAUGGGAACUUGUCGAAUAAAUAAGUAUUAAUAAUUGUUGCUCGUA